GGGAGGGAGUCACAUGUUUCCCUGGGCUGUCGUGGCCAGAAACAUCCGUGCAUUAUCAGUUGUCCCCCGCAAUGAUCGUGAUAAAUAGGUGAUGGGUUUGGAUACCAUGCGAUUAUUGAGCUUGAUCAGACGGAGGAGGAUUUGAAGUUUGUAGAGAUAAUUGCUUUUGGGUGAAAUCAUGGAUGCAGUCGUCCACCUCAUUAAUGAUUCUCUGGAAUUCUAUCGUUGGAGCCUUAUCAUUGCAGACAAGCGAGUGGAAAACUGGACUUUGAUGCAGUCACCCCUGCCGACAUUGGCAGUGAGCAGUCUUUACCUUCUCUUUGUUUGGCUGGGUCCAAAAUGGAUGAAGAACAGGGAGCCUUUUCAGCUACGCUCACUGCUUAUUUUCUACAACUUUGGAAUGGUGAUACUAAAUUUCUACAUCUUUAAAGAGCUCUUCUUUGCUGCAAGAGCAGCAGGAUACAGUUAUAUUUGCCAGACUGUCAACUACACAGAUGAUGUCAAUGAAGUACGGAUAGCGUCAGCCUUGUGGUGGUAUUAUGUUUCAAAAGGGAUUGAAUACUUGGACACUGUAUUUUUUAUAUUGAGGAAGAAAUUUAACCAGGUCAGCUUUCUGCACGUAUAUCAUCACUUCACAAUGUUUACUCUCUGGUGGAUCGGAAUCAAAUGGGUAGCAGGAGGGCAAUCUUUUUUUGGAGCACAUAUGAAUGCCGUUAUCCAUAUUGUUAUGUAUCUAUACUAUGGAUUAGCAGCUUGUGGCCCACAGUUUCAAAAAUAUCUCUGGUGGAAACGAUAUUUGACCAUCCUGCAACUGGUGCAGUUUCAUGUUACGAUAGGCCACACAGCUUAUUCUUUGUACAUUGAUUGCCCUUUCCCAAGAUGGAUGCACUGGGCACUGAUAGCUUACGCCAUUUCUUUCAUCAUCCUCUUCGCCAACUUUUAUUACCAGACUUACAGGGAGCCAAAGAAAGAGCUCAUAAAGAAUGGAAAAAUAGUUGUGAAUGGCAAUGGAAUUGUUAAUGGAAUAAUCAAAUCAGAAAACAAGCUGAUAGUAGAAAAUGGGAAAAAGAAGAAGAAAGGAAAAGCUAAGCGUGAAUAAGAUAAAUGGGCAAGAUGAAAAACAAAAGGUUGUGUUUUAAAGCCAAAUAUCGAGUCAGCAAAAGAUGACUGCAUGUGUUUCAGCUGGCUUUCAACCAAUCUGUUGUAUUUUUUGCUGUCUUUGUAACUUAUUGUAUUUACUUUGUAAAUGAUAUUUGUGAUCAAUACAAUAGUAUUGACGUGAUGAUAGACAAGAAAAUUCACCAUUAAAUAAAUUGCACUGAAUAGGUUUUAUGAUAGAGGAAUCUGGUCAUUUACCCUUUUUCAAAUCUAUCCCUUAGUUUUUUUAUAUUUAGUUAUGUUUCCUGUUUUGCGUUUCUGUGAAUUCUUGCUAAAUAGCUUUUACUUUACCACUACCUCAGUUUUAAUGCUGCUUUUUGUGGUUCUAUUUUCUACCACAUGCAAACAUUGGUGAAUCCCAUGUUGCCAGCCCAGGGGUCUACAAAUCCAAUGCUAGUUUUGAUUGCAGGUUAUCAAUUAUCAGUUACAGGAAUGUGGUAGAAACAGUUUGUGUUUGUUACAUCUGAUGUUUCUCUCUGUAUGGAAGGCCCUAAGAUAAAAAGUAGAAUGACAAUUCUAAUCAUUAUCUGGACCCAUGUAAACCAAUGAAUAUUGUUUGGGAUACAUUAAAAUUUUACCUUGAGCCCAGAACAGGUCUCAAAUCUCAGAUUUAUGAUUUGCAGCAAAGAUCAUAAUUCUAUUUUGUUGAUUUUAUGUAAUCAGGUUUGUAUGAAUAAUGCAUGUAUUUCAACAUCCCCUCUGCCCAUCCAGACUCCAUUUUCUUCCAAGUUUUUAAGUGACAAGUAGUGUACAGUCUUCUGAGUGAUAGUUGUAUUCUACCCACUGCAAUAUUAUUUUUGCAUGAGCCUAGGCAAUAAGUAUUAAUGGUCUAUUUGACCUACUGAGGGGAAUUUGGAAUCAACAUUAAGGACAUUCCUGCUUUGCUUUGAUCCACAUACAUGCAUUCUCCAUCAUCCCUUGUUCAAAUAGCUCUUUAAAGGAACCCUAAUUGAUCUUCCCUCCGUAACAUGACUAAAGCCAAGUGAAGUCUUCUGGCUGCAAAUGUUGAGGCUGACCUUAGUCAAUUUUGCAUAAACCAGCACCUUUUGAUAUUGUGGCUUAAUAUCAACUCAAAUUAAGUCACUGAACCACUGGGACAGCCUGUGAAUGUAACUUUUAAGAUGGGGAUCAUAAAAUCACACUGCAAUUUAUAUUGAGUAUCAGAAACGUUAAAGUAUAAGGAUCUGCAAUGAAUUGUGCAUUGCUGUUACAGUAUAUAUCUAUAUGCCCAGCAAUUUAUACCAGACUGGAGUGCAUGCUUUAAAUGGAGAUUGUUUCAAAAUUUAAAAAAAUGGAAUACUAGAAAUGCACAUGUGUAUGGCAAUGGCAACAAAAUGGUUGCAAAACCAGACCUGUUGGCAUCAGCUUUUUAAAGGCUAGAUUUUUUUUCACAUCCACAGAAAAGCACUUCAAAGUGAUGCUUAAAAAUUUUAAGCAAUUGACUUUCCCUCUUUUGUGCUGAUAAUCAUCAAGUUUAGACACCGACACCAAUAUACAGAGAAGUUAAAAGAAAGUUGCACUUUCUGUACACAUCUUAAGCUAACACAUUUGCAUUAUAAAAAUCUUCAAUGAUGAUAAAAGAUUUAUAUAUUUUAAGAGAUGUAAAGGUACAGCACAGGUUGGGACUAAUUGUCACAAUUAUGAUUCAAGUUGACUGCACAGCUUUAUUUCUCACAGGUUGAGAGUCAAGUCAAACUGGUCCAUCUUUAAUCAGGGUGAAAUAAUCUAGUUUCAAACAAAGUUUUCCUUUUUAUAGGGCUGAUUUGCUGCAUUGAUAGUGCAAGCACAUUGAUGCUGCAAACCUUUCUUUGUGUGCAGCAAAAUACUCCUGGCAGAAGAGUUUACAAAUUCAUUAUGUAUAAGAAGAGCUCGCAUCCUUUGCAAUUAUCACAAUGGAUAAAUCUGUUUGUACAUGCCUGAUCUGAUUUUAAGUUCCUUUUCUGACUAAGGUUUUUUUACAUACAUUUAUUUGUCCUUCACUCAUACAUUCAAAACUUCUAUAAUAAAUGAAGUCCAUUAAAGAAGUUUUACAAUUUAAAUUUCUAAUAUGCUUGUAGACAGUCUAUCAAUGUCAUGGAUUAUAUUUGUAAUGAGUGCCAACACUGUCUUGCUAGAUUAGGAGUCUGCAACAGGAUAAAACUGCAGCAUAAAAUUAGAACAAUAUAUUUAAAAUGCCCAAGAAUAAUUUGAAGACAAUAGCUUUUGAUUUUUGAGUUCAGAAUGAUUCAGCUACAUUUAUUGACUUGUAAUCAGGUAUAUCCGAAAUUCAGUAAAACUCUGUUCCAGUGUAAUUAUACCUCUUUAAAUGUUUUGAAUCAGUAAUGAAAUAGUAGAAAACCCUUUUCAUUUUUGAGUUGAGUAGAUUUAUUAGUCUGAAUAGACUAUUCCUAAUACUAAAUCUGUGUUUAUGGAAAACCAGUCUUGACCGAUGAGACAAUAUCAUCUGAACUAUCUGGAUUUUUGAAAUGGAUUUGAUUUGUGUGGCAUUACAGGACCAAUUUAUUUUGAAGGCUUGAGGUAGGCUUGGACAUUAGGCUGUCUAAAUAGGAUAAUGCUUAAGCUUCUUAAUUCAGUGGCUGCUGAUGUGUGAGAAGGCAUGGAUAAGCUUGAGCAGCAUCUUGCCUUGGUUUAAUUUUACUACCGAUUUAAAUUGAUGACAUUCCAAUUGACAUCUAUGUGUCAUUCUACUGAGUUGCUGAAGACUAGUCUUAACGUUAAUAGCUUUAGACUUCUGUACUUGGGUAACCUUAUGAAAUUGUAAACCCUCAAUCCAAACAUCCAGUUUUGGAGUAUGAGUAAUUCAGAAAGGAUUUGAUUAAAUACUAAAUAUAACAGAUUUAAGUUCUUUGAAUGUGAGCUACCUCUUAAAAUAUCAGUGAUAGAAACAUUCUGCUAAAUGUUUGUUUUAAACAAAAUUGUCAUACGUUGCAAUUUUAAUCCUUGGCCAUUUUGUGCACACUUGAAAUAAUAUAUUGGUUAUUGAUUUAAUUAGUGUUUAACUGCAAUUGAUGUGACCCUGAU